UAAUAUCUUUCCAUCGUAUAUAUACACCCAAAGGUCUGGUUUAUUGCAUAUGAACAAAACAAAUAGGACAUAUCUGGUGUAUUACAUAGAAACUUCACCUAUUUUAAUCCUUACUGCUAGGCUAAUGAACAUGUUCAUAUAUAUACAUAGAAAUUAAACUCAAGUUCCAUAUCUAAUGUCUAAAAUGGAUCUGAAUUCUAGCAUGAAAGGACAGGUUUGUGUGACAAGUGCAUCAGGAUUUGUAGCUUCUUGGCUUGUCAAAAGACUUUUGGAAUCAGGAUAUCAUGUGAUAGGCACUGUGAGAGACCCAGAAAAUACCAAGAAAGAGUUGCAUCUCUGGGAAUUACAAGGAGCAAAGGAGGGACUACAACUAGUGAAGGCUAAGCUCACAAUAGAGGGAAGCUUUGACAGUGCAGUUAUGGGUUGUGAAGGUGUAUUUCACACUGCAUGUCCUGUUGUUCAAGGGCCUAUAUCUGAUCCAAAGUUAGGCAGUAACAAACUCAAUGACUGCAUAAAUACAUGAAAGGAUGGUAUUAACUUUUUAAUUUUUGUACAGUUAGAAAUCCUAGAUCCUACAAUUAGUGGCACAUUGAAUGUAUUAGGAUCAUGCAAGAAGAACACAAGUCUGAAGAGAGUUGUUCUUACAUCUUCAUCGACCAUCAAAGUGAUUUCAAACAUUGAUCCAAAUGUACCUUUGGAUGAGUCAUCAUGGAGCGAUGUUGAAUUAUGUGAAACACUUCAGGUGAACAUAAUCAACUGAUAACUAAUUAGCAAUUAAAGUAUUUGAACUAGUGCACAAAGUUAAU